AUGUUUUUUUCUAUUUCUAGUAAAGGAUUAUGGCCAAUAGAUAAAAAAGGUCGUUCAUUAAAAACAAAAUUUCUUGUACUUGAUUUAACAGGUUUUUUUGGAUCUGGUGCAAGUGAAGGUGCAGAAGUUCAAUGUUCAUCAUCAAAUACAACAUUUAUUUGGACACGUCGACAAGAUCGAAUUGAAGAAAUUGAUUUUAUUAUAUCACAUGACGCACGUAAUCUUAAUGAUGCACUACUAAGUAAAAUUCAGUUAAAUAAUGUCAAACAACAAUAUACAAUGGCAUAUGUUAUGGAAAGUGAAGUACAUUCAUCAACAGGAGAUCCUUGGAAAAUGUAUAAUUUUAAAAUGACAUAUAAUCUUGAUGAUAGUUAUCCUGAACCAGCUACUUAUUUCGAUACUAAUAUACAUAUAAUUGAUUUACUUAAACCACCGACAAUCUCAUUUGAAGAUAAAGAACCAGACGCAGAUGUUGUUUGGAUUAUUUCAAAUUGUAAUGCACAUAAUGGUCGAGAAGAUUUUAUUAAAGAAUUAAUGAAAGAAAUCAAAAUUGAUUCCUAUGGUCCAUGUUUAAAUAAUCGUCAUGGUUAUGAAGCUCGUAUGACUGAUAAUGUUGAUGCAUAUAUGAAAUAUAAAUUUGUUAUUGCUAUUGAAAAUUCAAAUUGUAUUGAUUAUGUAAGUGAAAAAUUAGUUAAAGC